CAUAAAGUGAGAUCCACGAGACUCCUCUAAGAUGUCUUACAGAAAGGAGCUAGAAAAAUACCGAGACCUAGAUGAAGAUCAGAUCCUUGGAGCUCUGACAGAAGAGGAGCUCAGGAAGUUAGAGAAUGAAUUGGAAGAGCUGGAUCCUGAUAAUGCACUGCUGCCAGCGGGGCUCAGGCAGCGGGAUCARACACAAAAGCCCCCAACUGGCCCAUUCAAAAGGGAGGAACUCAUGGCCCACCUAGAAAAGCAGGCAAAGGAUGUUAAAGACAGAGAAGACUUGGUUCCUUACACAGGCGAAAAGAGAGGAAAAGCCUGGAUUCCCAAGCAGAAGCCGAUGGAUCCUGUUUUGGAAAGUGUGACUCUGGAGCCGGAAUUGGAGGAAGCCCUUGCUAAUGCCUCUGAUGCAGAGCUCUGUGACAUUGCUGCCAUCCUUGGCAUGCACACCUUGAUGAGUAACCAGCAGUACUACGAGGCACUGGGGAGCAGCACCAUCGUCAACAAAGAAGGGCUCAACAGUGUGAUUAAGCCCACACAGUACAAACCAGUUCCCGAUGAGGAACCAAACUCAACAGACGUGGAGGAAACUCUGAAACGAAUACAAAGCAACGAUCCUGACCUUGAGGAAGUCAACCUUAACAAUAUCAUGAAUAUUCCYAUACCAACUUUAAAAGCUUUUGCAGAAGCACUGAAAAACAAUGAGUACGUGAAGAAGUUCAGCAUAGUUGGGACACGGAGCAAUGAUCCUGUUGCUUUUGCCCUGGCAGAAAUGCUGAAGGUCAACAACACACUGAAGAGCCUGAACGUGGAGUCAAACUUUAUUUCUGGCUCAGGGAUCCUGGCUAUUGUUGAAGCACUGGAGGGCAACACAUCCCUUGUGGAGCUGCGCAUUGACAACCAGAGUCAGCCCUUGGGCAACAAAGUAGAAAUGGAAAUUGCGAAUAUAUUGGAGAAGAACACCUCCCUACUGAAGUUUGGGUACCAUUUCACUCAGCAAGGUCCACGGCUUCGCGCCUCCAAUGCCAUGAUGAGUAACAACGACUUGGUGAGGAAGAGAAGACUUGCAGAGGUGAAUGGGCCUAUUUUUCCCAAGUGCAGAACUGGAGUGUAGUUCCUGGCUAUGGAGGUCAUUCCCGGUGAUCUGUGCUACACUGUGGAAAUCUAAAGGCAAAGUGCCUUGACAGAGUAUUUGUGGUGCCUCUGUUCUGUUUUAUGCACUAACAGUUUAAACUAAAUAGUGGUUGUAGUUUUUAUGAAGAUUUUAUCCAGUAGGACUGUUGACGUUUUCUGUAGUUGGAAACUAUUCAAGCCAACUUAUCAAUUUAAUGCUAUCUCAGUUUAAAGUACAGCCUACUGUUAAAGGGGAUUACUUUUUUCUAUAAACUUUCUGCACGGUGUUUCAUAAAGUUAGGGUGUGGUAUGCAUGAGUGAAAGAUACAAUUGUUUCACACAAAUUAUAGAAGUAUUAAAAAAAUACUUUAUUUUUUUUUCAAAGUUGAUCUCAAGUAAUUACAGAGGAGUAACUAUUUUAACAAGCACUUCUAACAUCUGGAACCAUGGCCAAUUUCAAGCAUUGUGAAUUACAAUUUUUUGCCAACAUUUGCCAAAUCAUUUCAUUGGAGACGUUGUUUCAGAUAUAUCCCAGUGUUUCUUAGAAAAAACUGAUUUCCACCUCCUGAUUGAAUGGAACUUAAGGCCACCAAAUAUAAAAAAGAGUCUCUAAAAUCAAGUGGUUUAGAUUAGUAUCAUUCAAUCCCAUGCACCUGUGAGGAAAACACUCAUUCUUUAGAGGUGUGAUGCAAAUCCUAAUCCCCAGAGUUGUCUAAACUAAUUGGCAAAUGAGAACCUUCUCUUCUACUCCCCACUCCUUUCAGAUUCCUAAUGUUAAAGUGUUUGUCCAGAUAUUCACUGSGGACAGGUCAAAUUCUGUCCCUUUGCUGUUUUCUCUAGAAGAUCAUGUUCAUUAAUUAGAUUUUGUUCUGAUAGGAAUUCUUUCUUUUACUGCUGUCCCUUAUGUCCACAUAAAUGCAAGAAUAAAUGUUGUACCCUAGAAACGUUGUAAAGUGAAACACCCCAAUCUGAACUUGCAGUACAUAUGAUCUGUUUUUUGUCAGUCUCUACUCAUCAUCUAGCCUGGGAGGAAUUCCCCACAGGCUUGUGUAUCUCCCAGACCUGCAGUGGGCUGGACCCAGCAUACCCAAGACUCCCACCCUUAAUGUGGGUGGUAUCCUGAUCAAUAGGAUGUCUCCCGGAUGAAGCAUUGGUGUACUGAAACCUUUAUCUUGGGUGGAUGACACAUCCAGAAAAUGUUCCCUCUUGCUAGAAAUCUGCCUUUAAAUGUCUGUUAGAGUGAAGUUUUUCAGCCUUUUACACAUUCUGGCAGAAGUCCCACAGAUUUCUUCAGAGCUUGUGUCACUGAUGAUUUAGCUCUGACCAGUGAAGCAGAGAGAAAUGCUAUUCAGCAAUGUGGGAAACAUACUUGUUGCUCUUCAAAUGUUAAUAAAUGUACCAGUGGUGUCUCAUAAAAUGCUUCACUAUAGCUUGUUUCCUUCCUGUGCAAGUUCUGUAUGAAAAUGAAUACAGAAGAGAAAUACUUGAAAACAUUAAAAUGAAAAAACCCUGGCAGACUUUAAAAGAUACUUUCUUCCAUGUGCACUGUGAAGAC